AUGCCUGACCCAGUUCACCCCUUCAGCCUCACCAACGGCACUGGUGACAUUCGUUUCACGCUGCCAGGGUCAAACCAAGAGUGGACUACUCGUAUCCAGCGACCUGGAGAGGAGCAAGUCAACAACAAUCCCAGCAACAACACUCCCAUGGAGCGUCAGGCUAGUCGUCGCCCUCAACAUGACAUGCUACCCCAGCAGCAUGGUCAAUUUGUUCAGCAGCCUCAACAUGGACGACGCCCCUCUUCCACCCGUGGAAUCAUCAUCAUGGCCAUGGUCAUCAACACGGUCAUGGACAUCACGAUCAUCACCACGAUGAUCAUUCUGGUUCUGAUGAUGAGUAUCAUCACGAUCAUGAUCACCAUGAUCGCCAUGAUCGCCAUGAUCGUCAUGGUCACGGUCAUCACGGUCAAGGCCAUCACCAAUUCAAUGCUCCUCCUCAGUACGUCAUGGCCGCGCCGCAAGGUCAUAUGCCUCCGGGACGUCAGAUGGCUCCUCCAGGAUAUGGAAUAG